GAGAGAGAAAGAGAGAGUGUGAAUGAGUGUUCCUCCAUGAGGAAGAAGAAUCGGGGUCGGACGUCAGCGCUUCUCAGCCGCACACGCGCACACAGCCUCGCCACACCAACGGUGCGGCGCCAUGCUGAAGCCGGGCGAGGCAUCGGCAUCGGCGGCCGCGGCAUCGGCGGCGUCGGCCUUUCUCAAAGUGGACGCGUCGUCGUACCUGCAUCACUGGCAGCAGCUUUUCCCGCACACGCCGCUCAAGCCGCCCCUACUGUCACCCUCGGGCCCCCCGCGCUGCACAUCCUCGUUGGGGGUCGCUGCCGCCCUGGCGCCCGCCUCCUCUUCCUCCUCAGUCGUGGUCACCCAACUUCCUCUCGCCCAGCACAUGGCGCUCUACGGCCAGGCCCUGGUCCCGGCGGGCCCCGGGGGUCCCGGAGGGGACACGCUGGGGGUGAUCCUCCCUGCCGAGAACCCCGCAGUGGGACGCCUCCUGCAGGUGAAGGAGCAGAGCUGCGGGGGCGUAGGAGUGGUGUCAUCUAGCGUGAAGAGCAUCGGCGGCGGCGAGGAAGGCGGGAAGACCGCAACGUCGAUAGCGGCGGGGGGCAGGAUGAAGCUGACCGCCGAGGAGCUGGACUACUUCCUGUACGGACAACAAAGGAUGGAGAUCAUACCCAUCAGCAGCCACAACCCAGACGUCAACAAUCGCUGCGACAUGUGUGCGGACAACCGUAAUGGUGAGUGUCCCAUGCAUGGACCGCUCCACUCUCUGCGGAGGUUGGUGGGCACCAGCAGCGCCAACCCGGCAACCCUCACCCUUCCCGACCUGCCUGACUGGCUCAGAGAUCUGCCACGAGAGGUGUGUCUGUGCACCAGUACACUUCCCGGCCUCGGGUACGGAAUCUGCGCCGCCCAGAGAAUACCCCAGGGCACCUGGAUCGGACCCUUCCAGGGCACCCCCCUCAUGCUGGACAAGGUCCGCUGCGGAGCCUCCAGGAACACGCGGCACUUGUGGGAGAUUUACGAUUCCGAGGGAACGUUGUGUCACUUCCUAGACGGCAACGAUCCGGCUAAGUCGAGCUGGAUGAGGUAUAUCCGAUGCGCUCGACACUGCGGAGAGCAGAACAUGAUGGUCGUUCAGUACAGGUCUAGUAUCUUCUACCGGGCAUGCCUGGACAUCCCUCGAGGAAGCGAGCUCCUGGUGUGGUAUAACGACUCGUAUACUUCCUUCUUCGGAAUUCCGCUGCAGUGCGUUGCCCAGGACGAAAACUUGAACGUCCCGGCGUCUGUGUCGGAGGUGAUGUCUCGUCAGGAGUCCUUACAACAACAACAACAAUCCUUUAGCAAGAGCGGCAAAGCGUCAUCCGUCGCCUCGUCUUUGUCGUCGUCCGUGCGCUCCAUGGUGUUUCCUCAGGCGGCGUGCAGCAAAAGUUUUUCCAUGCUGGAUAAGAGCGGAGCACCGUUCCCGUCAUCUGAGUCAUCCUUCGGUCAGCUGUCCUCCAAGAACCAAAGAGUCCUGGCCAGUCCCACGUCGACCAGCCAGCUCAGUAGCGAGUUCAGUGACUGGCAUCUGUGGAAGUGUGGACAGUGCUUCAAGACAUUCACGCAGAGGAUCCUGCUACAGAUGCACGUUUGUCCCCAGAACCCAGACAGACCGUACCAGUGCGGCCACUGCUCGCUGUCCUUCUCGCAGCCGUCGGAGUUGCGCAACCACGUGGUGACGCACUCGAGCGACCGGCCCUUCAAGUGCGGUUACUGCGGCCGCGCAUUUGCCGGCGCCACCACGCUCAACAACCACAUACGCACGCACACUGGCGAGAAGCCCUUCAAGUGCGAGCGUUGCGAUCGCAGUUUCACUCAGGCCACACAGCUGAGCCGUCACCAGAGAUUACCGAACGAAUGUAAACCCAACAGCGAAGGAUCAGCGGGAGGGGAGUCCAUAGAGGUGGACUAGAACACAACAUAACAGAACCCGAACCCCACCACCAUGCUCCCAACAUGGCGGAUGAAGCACAAACGUGCUUUCUUCAUGUUCUCCCUUUGGCCUCCAUAGUCCUUCCUGGCUUUUUCUACCGCUGCUCACAUCCAACGAGACAAAAGUCGUUUACCACUCAUGGAACUGACUUACAGCAAACUACUACCAAAGUUCUGCACCAGUUCUUCCAAAGCUGAAUUUCAACCAACGUUCCACCAGGGUUCAACCGAUGUUCUACUGAAGUGCUACCAGUUUAUCCAAAGCUCUUCUGAAGUUCUUCCAAUAUUCUAACACAUUUCUACCAACGUUCUACCAGGGUUUUACCAAAGGUAUACAAAACCACUACCAAAGUUCCACCAACAUUCUGCUAAUGUUGUACCAAAGCGAUACCAAAGUUCUUCCAAAGAACUAUUGUAGUUCUACCAUCAUUCAACCAAAUUCCUACCUUACUUACAUUACUUUCUACCUAAAGUUCUACCGAGGUUCUACCAAUGAUAUACCAAAGCUCUUCCAAAUUACAUAUCACUAAUUUAAGUUCCACUGCUUCCAAAGUCCUAUAAAAAUCUACUAAAGUUCCACUGAAGUUCUACUAAUGUUGUACAAAAAUUCUACUGAGUUUCCACAAAUUCUACUAAUGUUCUAAAAAAUGUCUACCUAAGUUGUACCAGUGUUAUACCAAUGUUCUUCUAAUGUUAUGCCAAAGUUCCACUGGUGUUCUACCGAACUUCCUCCAAAGUUAAAAAACUCGUUCUGCCAAAGUUCUUUCAAAAUUGUGCCAGAAUUCUACUGGUUAUAUCAAAGGUCUAACAGUUUCACUGAAGUUCCAAUGAUCUUCUAAUGAAGUUCUUCCGAAGUUUUAAAAAAUUUCUCCAGAGUUCAACUGAUGUUUUACUAAAGUUCUAGCCAAGUUCUACUAAAGUACCACAAAAUCUCUUCCAAAUCGCCACCAAAGUUCUACCAAUGUUGUACAAAGGUUCUAAUUAAGUUCUACCAAUGUUAUACUAAAGUUCCUCUGAUGGUUCUACAAAAUUUCUUUAAAAAUUUAACCAAUGUUUUAAUAAAGUCCAACUUAGUUCUACCAAAGCUCUUCUGAAAUUGUAUCAAAAUACCACUGGUUAUACCAAAGGUCUACUGAUCUACUGAACAAAAAUUCUCCCGAAAUUCAACUGCUGUUUUACUAAUGUUCCACUUAAGUCCUACCGAUGUUAUACCAAAUUUCCCCCAAAAUUCAACCAAUGUUUUACCGAAGUCUACCUAAGUUCCACUAAGGUUUCACCAAAAUUCUAUCGGAAUGAUACUUGUUAUACCAAAGAUCAACCCAAGUGCUAUCAAAGUUCCACUGAGCUACUGAACUGAAAAAUUCUACUGAACUGAAAAAUUCUCCCAAAAUGUCACUGAUGUUUUACCAACGUCUACCUAAGUUUUCCUAUGGUUACACCAAAGUUCUAUCGGAAUGAUACCACCCCCCACACACAACAGACCCAUACAACACUCGAAUCCCAUGUGUCAUUGUACAAGUAAUGCUUUACUUUCCUCAUCUUGUUUACAGCUGGUGCUUUGUCUUUUGUCUUCUUUUCUUAUAUCAUUUAGUUACCAUUUUACUGUCCUUUGUUUUUUUUCUGUCACUCCCCUUUAAAAACUUUGUUCUGAACGACUGUAAUUCUCCUACGAUUGGCUGGCAACCAGUUCAGGGUGUACCCCGCCUCCUGCCCGAUGACAGCUGGGAGAGGCUCCAGCACUCCCGCAACCCUUGUGAGGAUAACGGGCUCGGAAAAUGGAUGGAUGGAUGGACUGUAAUUCUCAAUAAAUAGCCACCAGAAUACAAAUAAACCACAGUGGCAGCUUAAAAAGUCCACAGUGACAGUAAAACUGUUCCGGCAUAAAAGGGAUACAGAGCUUCCUUUCUACUUGACCUAACAGAGGGGGGGGGAACAAAAAAAACAACAACAACAAAAAGUUGUUAUACCAAAGAUCAACCCAAGUUCUAUCAAAGUUCUACUGAGCUACUGAACAUCUUCCCAAGUUCUACUAAAAUUCUCCCAAAAUUCAACGGAUAUUUUACCAAAGCUCCGCAAAAGUCCUACUAAUGUUAUACGUAAUUUCCCCUGAAAUUCAAAUGAUGAGUUCUCCUGAAGUUUGCUAAUGUUCAACCAAAGUUCUUCUAAAAUGUUAAAAUUUAACUGGUCUUUUAACAAAGUUCUACUUAAGUUCACUGAUGUUCUACCAAACCUUUUCCAAAGUUUUACAAAAAUUCUCCCAAAAUCCUCCUGAUGUUUUACCAAAGGUUUCCCUAAUUUCUACUUAAGUUCCAAUGUUCUUCCAAAGGUUCACUGCAGUCCUUCCAUAGCUGCAAGUUCUACCAAAGUUCUAUAAAAAGUUCCACAAGUUCUACCAAAAUUCUUCCACAGUGCUACAAUAUAAUUCCUGACCUUCUACAAAUGUCCUGAUGAUCUACAAAAAAGUUGGUUCUACUAAUGUUCCAUUGAAGUUCUACAGAUGUACUAACAUUCCACUGACGUUUUACCAAAGUUCUCAUGAAGUUCUGAGGUCUCGAGGGGAGCAGCCUUAAGGAGAAGACAUCUUAAAAGAGGAUCCCUCUUGUGGCAAGGAGGUUUACUGCAGCUAUGACUUGUUUCAGACUUUUCCCCUAAACCAGACCACAGAAGGUUUGACACCUCACAGCAAACCAAAGAUUGUUGGACUUUAUCUUGGAUAUUUUGCAGACAAAGAAAAGAAAAACAACAUGAAAAAAGGGAGGCGGAGACCAAAAUAAACACGUCACUGACGUCAUGGACAAAGAAAUAAAAAUAAUAUUUAUCUUGGCGGCACUUUGACUUAUGUUAUUUAACUUUGUUUGCAUUUUCACGUGACCAAAGACGCUCGUCAUCAAUGUUUUUUUCGUGUGUUUAUUUUAUUUUAUUUUUUACCCAAAAGAAGAAAAUACACACUCGACACACCAAAGUUUUGGACCAUUGUGUCACUUUGACAUCACGGACACUUUCAUGUUUGUUUAGGUUUAGUUUUUUAUUUUUAUCAAUCAGCCAAUCACUUCCUGUUUCAGAGCUGAACUCAGUGAAUGAACAAUCAAGUUUGAACUCUUAAGGCGGAAACAGGGUACACAUGUACAGAUAAAAGGGCCGAUUUUGUGUCAGAUUACCCCAUUUCGAUCAAAGUUGGCAAAGACCCGAUUAUCGCAUGUCUCGAAAGAUAGGGUUAGGGAGGUGUGUUAAGAGUGAUCUUUACUCACCAAUCUGAUCGGAAAUCGUAAAGUAGGUACAAACAUACUGAUAAUCGGGCCAAUUUUAGGUAAGACUCCCCGACCAAUUAUGGUGUUUCUCAAAAAAUGAUCCUGAGCGAUUACUGUGGUGUGGGAUGACGUAAUGUUUAAAUGGGUUAACAAACAAGCCGAUAAUCAAGCCCAUUUUGAACAUUUUUCCCUCCCUUGCCGUCAAAGACAGCAAACCAAAAAGUGUACGCGUAUACCCCGCUUAAAUGUGUUGAACUGAACAGGAAGUGGCUGCUAUUUGCUGAUGAUGACAAAGAUGACUUUGUGUAAGAAAAAACGAACGUCAAACAAAUGCUGAUGCUUUUUGUCUCGCUCAUGUUUGCAUGAUUUUAAAAAUAAAAAAGUGAGACCUGAAGA